CUGUGGUGAGGGAGAGUCCGCUCACUUGUCGCUCUCGGCCGAAGCGCGCAUGCUCUCCUGCAGAUAGCCAGCGUCUCUUCCCCCAUCGCGGCGGGCAUCCGUGGGCGUCAGAGAGCUGGGUGAUGGGUCGUGGAGGUCAGCAGCUUGGUCGGUGGUUAGCGCUCGGCUGAAGAGUCCUUGUAUCGGAUAUUCGACCAGCGCGUGACCCGGGCGGCGGUCCUUGGCACGCGUUCCCCGAUGGUGCCGGAUCGUAGCCUCCACGGGCGGGCGGGAUAUGGGCGCUGAGGAGUCCCGCAGGAGCCUAAAAUGGUGCCCGGAGCGAAGGCGCAUUUCGGUCUUUCCUCGAAGGGCGCGCGCGGCGAGGAUAUGUCGGAAGGGCGGUCGGGAGCCCCUGCUUGCCUGACGAAGGGACUCUGGGUCGACCUCCACGCAGUGCACGCAGCGUCGGAAGGAGCGUGGCUUGAUCCCUCGUUGAUCGGGGCGCUCUCUCCUUGAGGAAAAAAAAUUGAGGAUUGAAAAAAAGAGGAAAGAGAGGCAAAGAAAAAAAGGGGAAAAUAAGAGAAGUGGUUAAUCCGAACCUGGGCAACCUCUUGUUCGAAAAAUGAGGUUCUUACCCCGAUGGUGCGUGAAAACCUCCUCCGUCAGUCCCUCGCUCAACGCCGCCAGGAGCUCGAGUGGAGAGGGAGAGAGGAGAGGAAGCGACAGAGUGAGCCUCGAUAACGACGGGAUCUUCGACAGCAGCACAGACAUCGAGUCGCUGGGCCUGGGGCGAAUCGACAAGAAGCUGCGGCCGUCGAAAGGAGCGAGAACGCACCUCACGAACGCCCUGGCAACGGUCGUCGUCAUCGUAGCGGUGGGCGGGGGCUGGUACCUCUCCCGCGACUACCUCCGUCAGGUACUCCUGUGGGUGGCGGUGCAGGAGGCGUGGGCGGUCGUGCUCGUCUUCCUGGGGCUCUUCACCGUCGUCUCCUUCCCGUUCAUGUGGGGCUACAUCCUCGUGAACAUCUCCGCCGGAUACAUGUUCGGGACGUGGCGAGGGCUGGCCGUCGUCGUCUCCACCGCCACCGCCGCCGUCUGCCUCGUCCACACGCUCCUACGCUGCUGCCUGAGGGAGUUCCUCCAACGACGGGUGAUGACUUCGAGAGUCUUACGCGCCCUUCUGUCUGUGUUGGGCGGGAGUCAGGCCUUCAAAGUCAUCGCCAUCACACGCCUCACGCCCAUCCCUUUCGGUCUGCAGAAUGCGGUGUUUGCUGUGUCUCGCGUUUCGACUUGGCUAUACCUGUUCGCAACGGUACUCGGCUUGCUACCAACCCAGAUCUUGAAUUGCUACCUUGGGACGACUGUAAGGAGCUUGGACGAGGUGGUUUCUGAUUCCUCGUCUGCCACUGCUACAGGAUGGAUUGUAUUCGCGGCGCAGAUCAUCAUCAGCAUCUGCCUCACGCUGUGGGUCGUGCGUCGCGCCAAGGCGGAACUCCACAGCACGAUGGCGCUACAGCUUUCGGACACCGUCUCGACCACGGCUUCCGCGAGCCUCCCCUGCUCGCCCAAACGCGUUCCCGACACGUCCAGCUACCGAAGGGCAUCCCACGCCGACGUCGCCACCAUCACCACGUCGGGCGUCCUCGAGAACCACAUGUACAAGGGCGUCGUCCCCGGAGGGAAGAACCGCAGCUCAAGUCUCUUUCUCGAGCUUCUUCCCAACAAUUUGAAGCAUAUGGGUCUGACCUACGGCGUCGAGGAGGAGGAGAGCAAGACCCACCACAAGGGGGAUUCCACCAGAGGGAAGCCUGGAGGAUCCCCAACCACGUGCUCCACUUCCUCGUCCUUCGUUCCACACAGCUCCACUUCUUCUGCCUCCCGCUGUUCUUCCACGGACGACGACUUCAUCCUCGUCUCCGCUCCCGACCAUCCUGCGUGAGACAAGCAUCCUCAGGAGGUCACUUCGGAAGUCAGAAGAGGUCGUGGGAGCUGGUGCCAGGCGGACAGACGCCGGCCGGAAGGACACGCGGGGAAUUAUUAACUUUCGUAGCGGUGCGGACAGCGAGUGUGAGGGAAAGAUUGUCCACGAGAUGGCGUUGGAUGCGAUGGCCUUACUGCGAGUGGUUUAUUUCGUUAUGGUUACUGGCUUUGAGACAUUUUAUAGCUUUACUGGGAAAAAAUAAUGUGGUUCGUUUUCUACCCACUCUUGUGCUAAGUCGUUGCUUCAACACGUGCACGUAGUAUUUUCUCAACAAUUUUGAAUUUCUUUGUUUUCAGUAGCCUAAUUCUAUAGAACAGAGUUCUUUCGUCGUCCUAUUGGGUAUACAACUGCUUUUUGCCUUUAUGUUUUUAUUAUUAUUAGCUAUCUAGUUCAUUUUCUCUGUAUCGCUACCUUACUUUUCUUCUUUGUAACAUAUUUACUCCAAAAUAAUAGUCAAUUAUAUGUCUAAAAAGGUUCUCCUAUUUUAUCCAUAAAGUCAGUAUCCUUGUCACGUAGCUUAUAAUACCCCCUAGGAUAUCUUACCCCAACUAAAGUUAGUAUCCAACAGCUUCCACAUCCUUAUGUGAUAUCAUCCAUGUUAAGCUUUAUCACCACUCCUUCAAACCACUGUUCACGUCUCUCUUUGAACUCAUAACAAGCUAUUAUCUCGUUAUCUAAACUACACUUAAACAAAGUACAUUCUUCUGCACAAGAAUCCUUCACAAUCACGUUUCCUCGAACCUUGUUGAUUUACAUGCAGACUGCUUCCAAGUUCUAAUCUAAGGUUUUCUAAUUCCUACAUCAAGUGCCCUUAUUAAUACUGUAUAGUGUAAUUCAACCUCGCACUUUCCUCAACAAUUUUACACUAUAUCUACCUAAACCCUUCUAUGCCAGGAUUGUUCUGUUUCACACGCAAUGACAAUUUGCUACGUAGCGAUUGUCACAAUAUCAGUCCUAGUAUAUACAGACAAACACAGUACUCAAAAUGGAUUUAUUUUGUAUGUAAUAUAAGCUAAAUUUGUUUUUAAGACAUUGUAUCAGCACGGUAGAGUAUUUUGGCAUAUAUAUAAUUCAUAUUAUUGUAUGCCCAAGGUCUAUAUAAAUUUAGACCUUGGUUCAUGUCAGCCCUAUUAAGUAGAGAGAAAAAAUCUAAUAUCCACGAACGAUAGAGUAACAUUUAGCACACACUGACUCCCUCUUUCCGUCCACAUUUACAAAGCACAGCCUUAACAACACCUCUCCCCUGUCUCUCUCAUCACACACUAGCAUACCUUGCUUUUAUUUCAUCGUCUUAAACAAAAGGCAAAUAACUGAGAAAGUCCUGAGAACC